UUAACAGAGAGAAACAUCUUUCUGUCAACAAUAGACCACAUUACGCCACGCCCUUCAUGUUUCAGUGUUUGAAGAACUCGUCUAUAAAGAACAGGAAAAGUAGUUUAUAUGAUAUUUUAGUUGACGUGUUGUUGUUUUGCUAGCUGUCUCAUUGACGUUUAUCACACAUAUAUGUUGGUAGUAUAUAAAAUACACAUAUGUCGACUCUUUUGGAUAAUUUCACGGAAAAAGUUACAUCUCAUUUGAAAAAUACAGUUUUUGCGACAUCAGAUACGACGCCUUUUACGGAUCAAGACCAACCUGACAAAUGUGAUGGAGCCUGUGUUAUUAUUAUCUUGGUGGCAGUAGCGGCUUUCUCCUCCAUAAUAUUGCUGUUAGCCUGUAUAUUUAGAACAAAGCCUAGAGAUAAUAGAGACUUUUCUGAUAAGGAUGAAACUAGUGCCACCAAUAUACCACAUAGUACACAAAGCAGUUUUAAUGAAAAAUAUAAUGUUGCCUAUGUUGUGUCUGAAAAACAGAAAGAAGUGGAUAUUGCAUAAACAUUUAAAUAUGUUUUGUUAAUAUACACUGUUACUUAAGUAUACUGUUCUCAGAUGACAUUCUCAUAUUGAAA